CCCCUGCCUCUGAUUCGGCUGCCUCUGGUCUGGUUGCUUGCCUGGUGGCGGUGAAUUUGGACUGGCCCUGGAAUGCACGGAUAAGGUGCUUUCUUUCGCGUUCUGGCUGAGCUUAUGGCCGUCGAUGGGGGGAAAAUCGUCCUGCUUUUGGUGAAUUCUGGCUGUUUCAUUGGUGAUCUUAGUGUUAUAAUCCUGUUGCGUGCUUGUGUGGUGUCGCAAGAACUCUUUACCCCCAAGGUUGAGAUUGUCUAGGGGAAGAAAAGAACUUGCGGAGUGGCCCGUGCCUUAGGCGAACCUUGAUUUCGGGUAAUUCAUGGUGGAAUUGUUAGUGGUCGGGGUAGGGAUCUCGCGCGAAUUGAUCCUUUCUAUGGAAAAUUUGCCUCUCCGGUCCGAAUUUAGGCGCUUGCGGUUAUGAAUUAUCCGGUCUUACACCUAAUAUUAUCCAUUUCUGAUUUAUGAAGCAGUAACCUGGCCUGUUUAGUCCGCAUAAUUCAUAAUUUGCGUAUAGGUUACAGCAUAUGCCACGAAAACAAUGGAGAUCCAUUUCGUGAGUUCUUUGGUGUGUCAAUUGCUAGCCUCAUUUUAAGUUUAGAUGAUCAGUCAAAUCUUUUUAAGGUCGUGAUUCUUUGCCUGAGGUGCAGGUAAAGAGCUGCUGCUUAGUUUUUUUAGUGCAUUGUUGAGUGGAUAAGGUGAUUUUAGUUACAAGGAAGGGGCAUAGUUGGCUUCAAAGUGGUAAUUAGUGAACUACGGGUAUGGGGCAAACUGUGGCGAACAGGAUACUUUGCCAAGGCCCAUCCAUGUGCUAGCGAUCUGUACUGAUAAUGGGAGGACCAGGAGAAAAGAUUUCUGAGAAAAUGGCAAGAAGUGCGAGAGCAAGGAGGCAUGUAGCUCGUCAGCUCAGGCCCACCCCGUAUCCCAUUCCUUCAAACCGAUGGAAGCCAAUGAAAGAAUCCAACCAAAAGAAAGCAUUGCCGACCUCGCAGAAGAUGGACUGGGAAGAUGCCAAUUGCUCUGUGUGCAUGGAAUACCCCCACAAUGCUGUGCUCAUACUCUGUUCAUCUCAUGAUAAGGGCUGCCGCCCUUACAUGUGUGGAACUAGCUACCGCCACUCGAAUUGCCUGGAUCAGUUCAAAAAAGCCUACACCAAGGGGGCAUUGCUUCAGGAAGUUCAUGCGAAUGGUGCUGGCACUAACCUGGAUUCAGCCCCAUUGACUGCAGGUGAAAAAACUGAGUCCAUUGACCUUGCGUGCCCACUGUGCCGUGGCAAGGUGAAAGGUUGGACAGUGGUGGAACCAGCUCGAAGUUAUCUCAAUGGAAAAAGGAGAACAUGCAUGCAAGAUGGUUGCUCAUUUGUAGGGACCUACAAAGAGCUCCGCAAGCAUGUCAAGUCAGAACAUCCUCUUGCAAAGCCAAGGGAAGUGGACCCCGUCCUUGAGCAGAAGUGGAGAUUGCUCGAGAUUGAAAGAGAGCGGCAGGAUGCACUUAGUACGAUCACUGCAACAAUGGGGAGGGCUGUUGUUCUUGGUGAUUAUGUGCUAGACUUGGAGGAUGGAGUGGACCUGGAGGAUGUAGAAAGUGAUGCUGAUGUUGACGAUGGCCGUGGGACAGAAAACACUCGAAGAAUGUUACUAUUUAUUAUGCGCCAAGUUGCUCAACAUCAUCAAAACCAAAGGCUUCAGAAUGCAACCGGUGCAUCUGAAAAUGCUGAGGACGAGUAUGUGGUGAGCAAUGGUGCCAAUGGAACCACGCCAUACUCUUACCCCUUGGAAGGGGAGGAUGAGGAUGAUAUGGUCGUGGCCGGAGGUAGAAGCACUGAUGUGCUCCGACCAGAGAGGAGGAGGCGGCGGCGCCGCCGGAACCGUGGAAGAUUGUUCUUAGGUGCUAAUUGAGUACAGGUGGGGUUAACCGCCAGAGGAAUACACAUGCACAAAUGCUUCCCUGGUGCCUGGCAUUCAUCAAUAUCGGCCUCAGUUUACUUGUUCAUGAUUAUGUACCAUGUAGUUAUGUUAACAUCAGCUCAUUGUUUCUCAUCAAUGUAUGUUAUCUCACAUUCUUUGUUGAAAAGGAAAACACCGCAUCAUAUUUUGCGGUUUAUGUAGCCUCUGUGUUUCUUA